ACCAAAAUUUGACAAUUAAAAAAUAAUACUAAAAAAUUUUUUCCAAUUUUCUGAAAAUUUUCGGAGAACAAAUUUCCCAAAAAUUCCAUAUCCUCUCCCCCAAACUCUCUUGGAGAAAAUUACUAUGCAAAAUCCGCAACAUGAAUGAAAUUGAACGCAAGAAAAGAUAUCGUCAACAUCGUUUACGCAUUCAAAAUGCCACCAGCUUGGUAAAUAGUCAAGCGCCGGCCAAGCGGAACGGAGAUCCGGGGGAACAAAGAAAAUUAACUUUCCUUGAAAUGAUGAUGGCUCUGUGUCAGAAAGGCAGCAGCAGGACUUUUACACAAUCUCCAAAUGCAGUGGCGUUGAGACAAUCAUGUAGCUGUUGUCCUUUCAAGGAAGUCGGAGGUCGGCAAUUAACCACACAUGACUCGAACUCAUCCAGCUUAUCAUUGGAUCAUGGCAGCAAGAAAUUGAAAUGCAAGCAACGUACCGGCCCAAGUUUGUCCAGCGAUAUACCCUAUCAUGUCUGGCAACGUUAUCGCCAAUUGCCAUUCAUAAAAAGUCCCAGCCAGCUGAUGAAACUGCUAAGACCUCAAAUAUUUCUUGAUUUGCACUCAGAGCAUGGCCAACCUUUGGGACGGCUGGUUGUCCAACUCUUCACCGAAGCCUGUCCGGAAAUUGUUCUACAAUUUGUACGCAUCUGCCUGGCCCAACAGCCGGCACGUUUUAAACUCACCCGUGUCCUGUUGCACCUCUGGCUGGAGGCCGAACUGCAUUUGAUGGACAAGAAUGCCCUGACCAUACCCAACAUCGAACACGAUCCGAUGGCCAUCAAUCAUGGCAGUGCUGCAGGCAUUCUGUCGUUUCCCAGCCGUUAUUUGCGUGGCAGUAAAUUCCGUUUCAUCAGCUUCAGUGUGAGUUUCAGGCCCAUCGAUGUUUUGAAUGGCAAAAGGAUUGCCUUUGGCCGCAUUCGGCGUGGCCAACAUGUGUUGCAACAUUUGCAAAACUGUGAAGUAUCCGACAAUGGCAGGCCGUUGAGGGAGAUUUAUGUCAGCACGUGUGGCGUGUUGUGAGCCAGUGCGGGAAUGAGUGAAUGAAUGAAUGAAUAAUAAAUUGAAAAGAUAUUUUCUCCCAAAAAAAAUUAAAAAAAAAAAACAAAAUUGGAACAUUUAAAUAUUGCCCCAAAAAAAGACAACCCAUUUCAAUUCUGCUCGGGAUUAUUUCAUAUUGUAAACAAGACAUAUCCUUUGUUCCAGGAAAUGCGAUAUCGAAUCGAAUAAUCAUCGAGAGACACAAUGACCAGCGAGAAAGAGAUAUGUAACAAUUUUACUUCGAAGCUUUUAAUAAAAUCAACACAAUGAAUUCUCGAUAAA